AUGUACGCCGCCCUGGGCAAGUCACUGGUCAUACCUGAGGCAGGUCCUCCGCCCUGGGCCAAGUCACUGGUCAUAACUGAGGCAGGUCCGCCGCCCUGGGCCAAGUCACUGGUCAUAUCUCAGGCAGGUCCGCCGUCCUGGGCCAAGUCACUGGUCAUACCUGAGGCAGGUCCGCCGCCCUGGGUCAAGUCACUGGUCAUAGCUGAGGCAGGUCCUCCGUCCUGGGCCAAGUCACUGGUCAUACCUGAGGCAGGUCCGCCGUCCUGGGCCAAUUCACUGGUCAUACCUGAGGCAGGUCCGCCGCCCUGGGUCAAGUCACUGGUCAUAUCUGAGGCAGGUCCUCCGUCCUGGGCCAAGUCACUGGUCAUACUUGAGGCAGGUCCGCCGCCCUGGGCCAAGUCACUGGUCAUACCUGAGGCAGGUCCUCCGUCCUGGGCCAAGUCACUGGUCAUAUCUGAGGCAAGUACUCCGUCCUGGGCCAAGUCACUGGUCAUACCUGAGGUAGGUCCUUCGUCCUGGGCCAAGUCACUGGUCAUACCUGAGGUAGGUCCUUCGUCCUGGGCCAAGUCACUGGUCAUACCUGAGGCAGGUCCUCCGUCCUGGGCCAAGUCACUGGUCAUACGAGAGGUAUGUCCUCCGUCCUGGGAUAAGUCAGUGGUCAUACCUGAGGCAGGUCCUCCGUCCUGGGCCCAGUCACUGGUCAUACCUGAGGCAGGUCCGCCGCCCUGGGCCAAGUCACUGGUCAUACCUGAGGCAGGUCCGCCGCCCUGGGCCAAGUCACUGGUCAUACCUGAGGCAGGUCCGCCGCCCUGGGCCAACUCACUGGUCAUAUCUGAGGCAAGUACUCCGUCCUGGGCCAAGUCACUGGUCAUACCUGAGGUAGGUCCUUCGUCCUGGGCCAAGUCACUGGUCAUACCUGAGGUAGGUCCUUCGUCCUGGGCCAAGUCACUGGUCAUACCUGAGGCAGGUCCGCCGCCCUGGGCCAAGUCACUGGUCAUACCUGAGGCCGGUCCUCCGUCCUGGGCCAAGUCACUGGUCAUACCUCAGGCAGGUCCUCCGUCCUGGGCCAAGUUACUGGUCAUACCUGAGGCAGGUCCUUCGUCCUGGGCCAAGUCACUGGUCAUACCUCAGGCAGGUCCGCCGCCCUGGGCCAAGUCACUGGUCAUACCUGAGGCAGGUCCGCCGCCCUGGGCCAAGUCAAUGGUCAUACCUGAGGCAGGUCCUCCGUCCUGGGCCAAGUCACUGGUCAUAUCUGAGGCAGGUCCUCUGUCCUGGGCCAAGUCACUGGUCAUACCUGAGGCAGGUCCUCCGUCCUGGGCCAAGUCACUGGUCAUACCUGAGGCAGGUCCGCCGCCAUGGGUCAAAUCACUGGUCAUACCUGAGGCAGGUCCUCUGUCCUGGGCCAUGUCACUGGUCAUACCUGAGGCAGGUCCUCCGUUCUGGGCAAAGUCACUGGUCAUACCUGAGGCAGGUCUUCCGUCCUGGGCCAAGUCACUGGUCAUACCUGAGGUAGGUCUUCCGUCCUGGGCCAAGUCACUGGUCAUACCUGAUGCUGGUCUUCCGUCCUUGGCCAAGUCACUGGUCAUACCUGAGGCAGGUCCUCCGUCCUGGGCCAAGUCACUAAUUUUUCCUGAGGUAGGUCCUUCGUCCUGA